GGCCCCGCAGCACCCAGCCCCCCGGGACCAGCUGCACCCUGACACGGACGGCUAGCAGGUCCCCGUCCCCCGCCAUGGCCCUCUGGACGCACCUCCUGCCCCUGCUGGCUUUGCUGGCCCUCUGGGCACCGGCCCCAAGCCGAGCCUUCGUUAACCAGCACCUGUGUGGCUCCCACCUGGUGGAGGCGCUCUACCUGGUGUGCGGAGAGCGCGGCUUCUUCUACACGCCCAAGGCCCGCCGCGAGGUGGAGGACCCGCAGGCGAGGGACGUGGAGCUGGGCGGGGCGCCUGGCAUGGGCGGCCUGCAGCCCCUGGCCCUGGAGGGGGCCCUGCAGAAGCGGGGCAUCGUGGAACAGUGUUGCACCAGCAUCUGCUCCCUCUACCAGCUGGAGAAUUACUGCAACUAG